AUGCCCUUUUCCACGCGUCUGGCUGCUUUCUUUUGCAGCCUAGCAUCACCUCGGGCGCUGAAGACAGCUGCUCUCUUCAUCACUGCCUCACUGGGCCAUCAACGCACCACCUCCGGUCCCGUGAUCUCCGUCAUCGCCACCUCUGCCGACAUCGCCAAGGCCGUCAUAACGCUACGGCAAUCGAGGCCCCAGGUCCCUAAGCCGCGCCUUGGGCGAGCCAUGAUCCUGCCUACAUUCUGUCUCAUCAUCAUGAUGGGUGCUGUGACAGCGGACAUUACCGAUACAAAGCUAUACGGCGACCAUCCGCGGUGGCUUGCAGAAAACGCUGCAGACGGCGCCAGAGGUCCGAUGGUGGGGGCGGCGGCGAAUACAAUAUCAGCGGUAGCUGGCGAGGAGGAAUCAGACAUCGAGGAGAUGUCCUACCGGGGCGAGCCAAAGGAGGUUGCGAAACCAUACCCCAAUCCGAUUGUCGUGCCGCCCCUCCAGAGCUAUAAGUACGACAUCGCGCUCAGCACGGGGUACCGGUCCCUGUACGGCGCCACUUUCGCCUCCUGCCUCGUGGGCCUGAUGGCGUCCGGGGCCAUGCUACACGCCAGGGCGCUGCACCUGCUGCUGAGCGACGCAAAACUGCUGAACAUGAGCCUGCUGCACAACCUGGCGCACAUGGGCACGAAUGUGCGGCUAGCUGCGGAUGCGGGGCCGGGGCCGGGUGCUGGUGCGACGGGCAGUGCUGUGGCGCUCGGUGGGAGCGACCUGCCGUCCGUGUUUCUUGAGGACGACGUGUGGCCGGUGGACGACUUCCCUCGAAAGAUGCACUUGGUCGCCACCCGUGCAGCCGUUAGGACGGGUGGAUUGCCUUUCGUCAUCAAGCUCUACCUCCAUUCUGGCAAGUGGGGGUUCCCGGCAGCAAUCCGCGAGGAGCACACAAAGACCUGUAACGUGACUGUGACCCAGUUUCCUAUCCCCGAACACCCGGACGGCAACAGCGACUUCAAGCCUGCUUUCAAGGGCGCCGUUGAGGGCGGCCCCGGGGCUGUGCUGGUGACUGCUUUUCCAAGGAGCAGUGGCAGUAAUGGCGAUGCCGGGAACAGCACCGAUACCCGCAGCAGCAUCGGUAACGCUGGCGGAGACCCAAUGCUGCGGGGUUACCGGGCCAAGCCGCGCACAUACAAGUGGGGGGCGCAGGGUCUGUACUUUUCCGAUGGGCUCACGAGGCGGCGCCUGGCGGACUGCUACUUGCACUACACCGCCCGGUCCUUCGAGAAGCAGCGGCGGUAUAAAGAUUGGCCGCUCAAGAUGUGCCUCGGCCACCUUAAGAUCGGCAUGUUCUCCAGUGGCCGCUCUCUGGUGCAGCAUAUCGGGGCCGCCAGCAGCCUGUUUGGAGACAUCAGCAAGAACGCAAAAUAUCACCGGGCUUGCAGCUUCCCAUUUGUGGAGAAGCUCCCUUCCGAAGACGAGCGGACGGACUGGUACUGA